GCCGCCGCCACCGCCGCGGGAGCCCGCGCGGGGAGCGGCUGCCCGGCCUCGCCAUGGCCACCAGCACCACGGGCUCCACGCUGCUGCAGCCCCUCAGCAACGCCGUGCGUCUGCCCGUCGACCAGGUCAACUUUGUAGUGUGCCAACUGUUUGCCUUGCUUGCGGCUAUUUGGUUUCGAACAUACCUUCAUUCAAGCAAAACUAGCCCAUUUAUAAGACAUGUUGUUGCAACCCUCUUGGGCCUUUAUCUUGCACUUUUUUGUUUUGGAUGGUAUGCCUUACAUUUUGUUAUACAAAGUGGAAUUUCCUACUAUAUCAUGAUCGUAAUAGGAGUGGAAAAUAUGCACAAGUAUUGCUUUGUUUUUGCUUUGGGAUACCUCACUGUGUGCCAAAUUACUAGAGUCUAUAUCUUUGACUAUGGACAGUAUUCUGCGGAUUUUUCUGGUCCAAUGAUGAUAAUUACACAGAAGAUCACUAGUUUGGCAUUUGAGAUUCAUGACGGAAUGUUUCGGAAAAACGAAGACUUGACUCCAUCACAGAGGUGUUUGGCUGUAAGACGCAUGCCAAGUCUACUGGAGUAUUUAAGUUACAACUGUAAUUUCAUGGGUAUCCUGGCAGGCCCGUUAUGCUCUUACAAAGACUAUAUUACUUUCAUUGAAGGCAGAUCAUACCAACUGCAACAGUCUGAAGCAAAUGGGAAGGAAGAUACAAAAUAUGAACAAACGGAUCCUUCCCCAAAUAUAGCUGUGGCACAGAAACUCCUGAUCUGCGGACUGUCCCUACUCUUCCACAUGACUAUUACAAAAACUUUGCCAGUGGAAUACAACAUUGAUGAUAACUUCAGAGCUACAGCAUCAUGGCCUGUAAGGUUUUUCUACCUAUAUGUGUCUCUUAUGGCUGCCAGACCCAAGUAUUAUUUUGCAUGGACUUUAGCAGAUGCAAUUAAUAAUGCAGCAGGGUUUGGUUUUAGAGGCUAUGAUAAAAAUGGAGUUACACGUUGGGAUCUAAUAUCAAAUCUGAGAAUCCAGCAAAUAGAGUUUUCCACAAGUUUCAAGAUGUUUCUUGAUAACUGGAAUAUCCAAACAGCUCUUUGGCUCAAAAGAGUGUGCUAUGAGCGAGCCACCUUCAGCCCAACGAUCCAAACCUUCAUCCUUUCUGCCAUCUGGCACGGGGUUUACCCAGGAUAUUAUUUAACAUUUUUAACAGGAGUACUAAUGACACUAGCAGCACGAGCUAUAAGAAACAAUAUCAGACACUAUUUUGUUGAAUCUCCUGCUGUUAAAGUGUGUUAUGAUAUUAUAACAUGGAUGGCAACUCAAAUAGCAAUAAGUUACACAGUCGUGCCAUUUGUACUGCUCUCUGUAAAACCCUCUUUCACCUUUUACAGCUCCUGCUAUUUCUGUCUUCAUAUUGCCAGUAUUCUGGUGUUGUUGGUAUUUCCAUUGAAAAGAACUCAAAAAGGAAGUAAAAAGCAUGAAACCGUCCAGCCUGUGUGGUCCAAAACACUAGAAGAAGAAAAUCUUUUGCAAAAGAACAGUUACUCCACAACAAAUAAUAGUUUCAGUCAGAAACAAGAAAUAACCUGCAGAUAUCAAACAUUAAAACAGUGAUUGAGGAAAUACUAUGAUGAAUAUAUUUUGUAUGUUUUCAGAAACCCAUUUUUAGCACCUUUUAAAGGGGUUUGUAUUUGUUUGCAAAGAUGUUUAGUAAGAAAAGAAUGCAUUACCUAGGAAAAUCACAUACAAUAGCAAGACUGGAAACAAAACAAAUUAACCCCUCCCAUGCCAUGUCCCUGUGGGUCACGCCUUAUAUGAAGAUGUUACCAUUAUUUCAAUGGGCACUCAGGACUUGCAACGUAUGUCCACAGGGUCAUAUGUGUGCCCUUUGCUGAAUGUACGUUGUGUAUCCCAAGGCACUGAUGGGGUGGAAUAAAAUUGUGUCAAUCUAGGAUUAACAAAUGGAAAAUGAUUUUUCCAAAUGAAUAACUUGCCUUAAACCCUCUAUUUACUGAAAUAUUGUUUCUAAGUGGGUGUUUUCAAGUUUGAUUUUACAUGGAAAGCGCAUUUCAAAUAUAUAACACUAUAUGCUAUAACGAAGAUAAAAAUAGGAAAUGCAAAGUCACUAGAAGACUUUUGAAUCUUCAAAAGGGAAUUGCAAUAAGCAUCUCAGUAUUUGGAGGGUUUUCUUAAAGUAUCUCAAACUAUUACAGUGGAUUACAGAACUGUAAACAUUGAUGCCAAAUUAUGGUUAGGUUUCUUUCAUAAAGAGUAUGAUUACUCUGAAUGGAUUAAAAUGGCCCUUCUGAACAGAUUAAAAACAACUCAAGGUUCACCUUUUCCAGGGCUUGAUGGCUCUAAUGUAGUUUCCUUUUAUUUUGAAGUACCUAAACCCAAUAAAACACUGCCAAGUGGGCUUUGCAGCUAGAGGAGGAAAAGCGGCCGUAAGGCACAGAAGACAACGUGCAAGCACUGGGAUUUCAAUGAAAGUGCAGUUUUGCCCUUAAAUACCAGAAAUACUUGUUCUAGAAUAGAACUGUUUUACAAAACGUGAUUUUUAAUACUUAAAGUUAUUUUGAAUUUUCAGGCAUCAGUUAGUUGAUGAUGCUUUCAGUAUAAAAUAGCAAAAUUACCUUGAAGCUCUGGUGUGUAGGUAGUCAAAUAUGAAAUGACUAUCAUAACCAAUUUCUAUAUGCUUGAUAAUUGAUGGUCCUUUAUCCAAAGAAGUGUAUGAAUUUGAGGAAAAGUUUUUUCUUUAAAUUUUAGAUGCAAAGUUCAUAUCAUUUUUGUGGGUAACCUAAUAGAAGAAAGAAAUCCUUCAGAAUAUCUGACCUACUGAAUCAUGGAAGUGUGUCAAGGAAACAAUGCAGUGGUUAUGUCUAUUCCAGACCAUUUAUUGUGAUGAUGGUCACUGCUAGAGUACUACUGUUAAAGGGCUACAUUUUAAUUGCUUAUAUUCUAUAUUUUCUUAUAAUUUUUUUAAGUAAACUCAAACUGUUUAUCCACAUGGGGUUUAUUUUUAAUUUUAAACCAGACACAAAAUACUACCAGAGAAAAAUAAUGCAGCUUGUUGAUUAAUAACUAGCAAUGAGUGAGAAAAAUGUUGUAAUAUUUUGAACCUUAAAUUUUUCAUUGAAUAUCUAGGACCAGUCAGAUUAAUAUUGUUAGUACUAGAAGUGCAGUGAUGGUCCUCAGCUUUGGGGAUACAACCAUGGAAAAAAUUGUCACAGUACUUCUUGUGUAUUCUCAAAGAACCAGAUCCUGAGUUUGGUCAGAGUUGUUUCUGUGCUGCCAUACUUCUGUAUCUGGCCUUUGGCUCCUUGCCUAAAACUCCAGGAGGAGGAUAACAUGCUUUUCCAUAUAUAUAUAGGUUAGCACUAAUUAGUCUACACAGUUAGAAAGGGGAAACUGAAUAUUAAAUGAGAGCAAAUGAGUCUGUUUAGAUGAGCAGGGAUGUUCAUUGUUUCAGUGACAGCUGUAUUAUCUUUAAGAUAAAAUAAUCUGAUUUCUAAAUCCUUACUUUGAUUGCCCAAGUAGACUUCCCCUUACAUGGGGUCACGGUUAUCAUAUGCCUCUUUGAAACCACAUUAUGCUUUUCUUGUUAAUAAUAAGGGAACACUAGUUUAUUUUUUGGUCAUCCUUAUUAGAUACAGAAUCAGGAAAGACAUUUUUUUGCUUUCUGUACUUGAAGGGAUAUUUACGUAAGAGAACAAAUUAGAAUUGCAAAUUUUUGGGUGGGUAAGUAAAAUUAGGGUUGAUUCUUUCAGCAUUUGUUACUGUUGAACUUAAAUUCAUCUUGUUGGUUCAGUCUCCAUAUCUACCCAAACAAACACUUUUGGAUGCCAGUACAACAUCCAAUGUGCCGUUUUUCUGUUAAUGUUCUGGUACUCGUGUUUUCUUCUUUUGGCAUGUGUGCAAUGGAGACUUACUAAUUCUUCUUAAUGAAAUAUGAAAACAGUUGUAAACACUCCCAGAAAAUAAGCAGGUUUAGGAUAGUGCAGGCUUGUGUGUGACUUCAGUGUGAGUCAAUUCACAGGUACAGUUUCGUUCAGAACUUUUUUAUAUAGGGAAGUUAAAACAAUCAAGAAAAUAUGUUCAUGCUUUCGUUGGGCACAGGUGGCAAGAUGCAUGUUUCAAAAUUGGACGUGACUUUUUUUCUUCACGAUUUGAACCCAUUAAAUAAUUGCAGUGCAAGAAAAUUAUGGCAAUUAAUUCUGCACAGAAUUUAAGUGCACUGUCCUAGAAUUUACCCUUUAAAUGUAAUUUCUGAGUACUUUGAACCAAAAUCUGCUCUUCAUGUAAAUGAAUUCUCCUGGGGACUAUGGAAAGAGGUGUUUUGUUUUAAUGGCAGCACUCUGAUUUUAGUCAAACUGGGGUUUUGUUGUUUUUGCUUUCCUGCUGCUUUACUCAUUUUCUGCCUUGCUGUCGCACUGGACCCUUUUUACCCACUCAGUCAGAAAGUCAAGAGCAGCCAGCCUCGAUGCUUUAGAUAAUUUUUAGGUUUUACACACGUCAUUUGAUAAUACUGAAUUCGAAAGGAUGGCAGUGGUUUACUAUUGUUCUUCCUGAGAAAAAUUGUAGAAAGUAAAUUUCCUAUGUAUGUUUUGGGCAUGAAGGAAACAUGGCUUAGUAUUCUUUCACUUAUUAACUAAUUUAUAUCCAAAAGGUAAAAGUGUUUUCUGUAUUGCAGAUCAGCACAUUAUGAAAAGUAAAUACAACAUAUCAUUCAUAAUUUUAUGGUGCUUUGCAGAUAUUUGCCUAUUGUGAACAGUCCAUUCAGGCACUUAAUGUUAGUUAGUAAAUGUAGUCACCCUGAGAGUAACUAUUUGCUUGCUUAACCUUUUUUAACCUUUAUGAUUCUGUAUUAAUGAAAGAGAUAUAUAUUACAUAUUUAAAUAAUACUUUUGGUGGUGCCCACUACUGUUUUAAUCAGAAGCUUUGUUAGCUUUGCAGUUAUAGAUAUGCCCUUCUUAUUCAGGAAACUUAUUCUUCUGUGGCCAUUCCUUAAGUUGACAUGUAGACAGGAUUUCAAUAAUUGGUGACAUUUAAAAAUAUGCUCUUGAUAACAAAUCAUACUUUAGUGAGAAGACUAUGAAGAGCUCUUUGUAUAUUCCCUGCUCUACACUGUCAUAUGGUAUCUGUUUUACCAAUAUAGUAUAUUAUUUAUUAGAAGAAUUUUACACUUAAAGAACUUGUUCUGUUUCCCCCAGGGAAAUAAGUAAUGUGAAUAUGGUAAAAUGUCCUCUGAUGCAGAGGAGAUGUUUGAGAUCCUUACCUCCCGUCAAAUUCACAUCAAAAGUAAUUUUAACAGAGUCUAGAUUUUUCUCUCAGAAGCUUUGCAAACAAAUUGUUGACAAUUUGUUUAAAUACAUGGUCAAAUGUGUCUUCACAUUUGCCUGCAAAUGUAUCACUGUUGCUUAUAUGUAAACUUUCACAUGUUCAACUUUAUAAGUUGGCCUUGAAUGAUAAAGAAAUUUAAAAGCACAAGUUACAAUAAUUUAGGCUUUCAUUUCCCUUAUCCUUAAGUCUUUCAUUUGUUAUUCUCAUUGACUUCUGAAAUCAGGCUUGAAAAUUUUUCAGUUUCAGUGAAAAUUUUGAAAUAUUGCCAUCUGUGUUGAAAAGUGAUCAGUGUUAGAAAAACAGAUGGAAAUUAAUUUAAGGAUUUUAAUAUGAUGCAGACUCUGUGUAUUAAAAAAAUACACAUUAUUUCUGUGCUGAUUCAUCACAGCAUUUCACUACAUUAUUAAUUUAUGUAUUUAUUUAGAACCAAUAAUACUCUGAGCAGCACUUGGAAGUAUUUUUAAAUUUUUCUGUUUAAAAAAUCAAUUGGCAAUAAAUACUUAAACAAGUAUUAUAUGCUAUUCUGAAUAAGUAUGUAAGCAGAUACUCUAGUGAAUUGAGCCUACUCUCAUAAGAUUACUGGAUCUGUCUGGAUCUCACCUAGCUUGCACUGUCGGUCUUCACUUUCUUCACAGUCAUGGUGGAAAAGCUGGCAGUGGAGAAGUUUCUAGUCAGAACAUGUCCUGUCUGUGGCUGGAAGGGUUUGCCACACAAUUCCUAUGAGGAGCUAACCCUCUGUGCAGAGCUUGGCAGAGAUUGUACUUGCUUGUGACCUAGCCUGCCACUGCUCAAUGCUACAUCUGUCUGGAUUUUUGACGUGUUUGCUGUCUUAACCUAGACAUUUAGCAAACACCAUGAAAUCCAGGCAUCCACAGUGUCACCCUGCAAGGUUACAACUGCAAAUAUUGCAACACUUGGUUGUUAUGGUCAAAACGAAAUGAACCCAAAAUUUCUUAAAAACUUGUUUUGAGAUGAGCUUUUUGUAGGUUUUUUACAAAAUGUAGCCAUCAACUGUAUCAAUUUUCAUUGCAUUAAAUAUUUAAAACAUAAUUUUGCUCAGUUUAGGUAUACAAAUUUGCAAAAGCAAAUUUUGCCGCUUCAUCAUUGUGUGUGCAUUAGUUGUGUGUCCAGUGACUUAGCCCCCGUUUUGGUUUUAGAUGGUUUUAGAUUUUCUAAACCCAUGUACAUAUCCAUAUAAUUUGUGUAAACUUUGAGUUGACAAACUGUAGUUACAUAUAACGUGCAUAAAUACACUUAAAAUAAGCUAUAUCAAUAUUCAGAUGAGGCUGGUGUUGAGCCCUCCAGUUGUACAUUACAUCUGAAGGCUGUGGGGCUCUGUUCUCAGACUACUAAGCUUUCUGCUUCCUAAGGUGAAAAUAGAAUCUGUUGGUUACACUUUAAGUGGCAAGGAAAAGGCUUCUUUCAUUCUGUUGCAAAACCAACCUUUACAGGAUAUUCUCCUUCAGGCUAUGAAUAGAAAUCCUGACUUCAGACUAAGAUCUGAGAUAGGGCUACGUUCAGAGGAAAUUUUUUAUAUUAGUAGUGACACAGUCCAGCACCUUACUCCAAACACCUCCUGGCAAAACAGACCUCUUCACAAUCUUCUUCCUUCCUUUCAUUCUCUAAGGGAUAAAUACCCCAAGCUAGAUUUCUUCAGGUUUCACUGCAAUAUGUCAUAUGAAUAGGUAGCUGUGGUCCAUGCUCUAGUCAGAUUCAAGACUGGGACAAUAUAAUCUGAAAUAAAAAGCAGAGAAACAGGGUGCCUAGAGACCAGUAAUUGGAAUAGUGCAACACUACGUGUUAAUGGUGCAACAAUUGUCACAAUAAGUUAAGGAGUAUUUGCCUAUGCAUCUUUUGCCUUUUGAUGUGUUUAUCAGUUCUCUUUACAUCUUUUCUUUGUAUCUUCUUUUGUCCGGUGGUAUUGACUAUUUCUAUGAAGAAUCUGCUGAUGUGUCUUACUGUGACAAAGGUGUCAAAAUGCUACAAUAGUAAUUAGGUAGUUAUUCUUAAAUCCCAGACCUCAGAUGUGUUCUAGAUCAGUUAGAAGAGAACAUUCAAAAUGUAUUGGGUGAAAAAUAGUGUAAGAUGGGUAAACAUAGCAUUAUUCAAAGAUGUUGUAAUAAGUUAUUCCAUUUAAGAAUUUAAAAUAUGGAACUUUGUUCUUUCCUGCCUUGGUUACACAUUCAAGGGAAUAGUUUUACCUCAAUGCAGAAGUAGUUAUGCCUCCAACCACCCGUAUGUUAAGAUGAGAGAACACCCCUAAAAAGUGGAUAGCUACAGUGUUCCUAAAUUUGCCUUUCCUGGUUCAGAUUAUAAUACAUUGUCAGUGAAUUUCAUUUUUAUUAUUCCAAAAUAUAUAUUUUUUAAAAAGUGUUAUUUUUCAACAGAUCCAUAAACUACGUGUUGGUGUAUGGUAAAAUUAAAAUACCACUGUUAGUUACACUGUGAUUGUGAUAUUUUAAUAAUUACUUAUUUCUAAUUUGUCUCAGCAGUGCUGCAGAAGCAGCAUGCUGUUAUGUUUUAAAGGUGUUUUUAACUUGCCUAUAAAUGUUUUUUUCUAAUUUGUGUCUUUAAAUCUGAUUAAACUGUAGUUUAAAAGAAAA